AUGACAAGCAAUGGACCUGUCAUCGUUUUCGAGUGGCUGAAGACCCUCCAGCUUGCCCAGUACGUCGAGGCUUUUGUGGAUAAUGGAUAUGACGAUCUGGAGGUUUGCAAACAAAUAGGCGACCCCGACCUGGAUGCCAUCGGCGUCUACAUGCCUCACCACAGGGAGAGGAUUCACGACGCGGUGAGAAGGCUAAAAGAUGAAGCCAACGAGACGGCCAGUGGACUCUACUUCACCCUGGAGCCGAUGCCACCCGCAGCUGAGCUUUAUACCAGUCACAUGGUGGACCAGUACGAGUCCAAACUGCGGGGAUCCAAGUCCUGGACAGAGCCCAACAGUGAGCGGGUUGGGCGCAACGGUGGGUACAUGAGCGCGCAGAGGAACCUGACGCUGGGCAACAGGAGGGAGCUGGUGAUUUACCCCAAGCUGAAGCUGAAGAUCAUGAUCAGGGAUAAGCUCAUCAGAGAUGGCAUCAACCUCUCCAAGCCACCCUACUCUAAUAAGGAUGGUUCUUUGGGCAACAUAGAUGACCUUGCCCAGGAGUACUCUGAGUACUACAACACCUGCUUCAGUGACGUCAGUGACCGCAUGGAGGAGCUUCGCAAAAGACGAGUCUCCCAGGAGCUUGACAUGGAGAAACAGGAUCCAAGCACCACCUCCCAGCAGCUUCGUACUGAGAUCCAGGAAUCAUUAGGCUUCAGCAGUGAGGUGUCCACUCCAGAAACAGACAGAAAAAUGCCCCUGCACAAAUCCAGCUCUGAAGAUGGAUCUGGAGGUAAAUGGGACAAUAAGAAGAAAAACAAAUCUUUUUGGCAGAACUUCCGCAAGUCUCAGCACAAACCAGUCAUGCGACAGACAUCCAAAGGAGAAGACAUAGGCUAUGUGGCCAGUGAGAUCACCAUGAGCGACGAAGAGCGAAUCCAACUGAUGAUGAUGGUGAAGGAGAAGAUGAUCACAGUGGAAGAAGCUCUAGCUCGGCUAAAGGAGUAUGAACUCAACAGACAGUCCAGCAGUACUGACACUGCUGAGUGGACUGAGGAAUCUGCAUCCAAUCUAAACCAGUCCUCAAACUGCAAUUCUCGUGAACAGUCAGACGAUGAGCAGUCGGAGGACUCUGUGAAGUUCAAACGGCUUCACAAGCUGGUUAACUCUACGCGCCGCGUCAGGAAAAAGCUCAUCAAGGUGGAAGAGGGCAAGAAACAUGGCUCAGAAGAUUUUCUGAAUCUGCGGUCACCUCCCACCUGUGAGAACAACACAGCUCUGUAUACAGGGGUCCUGAAGAGGCCCCCUCGGCCUCAGGAGAGCUCCCUCACCCAGGAUCAACUCUCUCUGGAUGGAGACACAGACAGCCUGACCAACUCCCCCUCCUCCAGCAGCCUGGACACCUGGUCCGGACACAAGCUGGUCAAGACCUUCAGUAAAUCUUCCAGUACCCACGGUCUCAUCCGACCCCCCAAGAGAACCCCAGUCGGCUCUACAGGCCUGGGAGACUCCAACUUGGGCGUAGGAGGCAGCGGCUCUUCCGUUUCAGAGCUGGAUGGCUGUGAAUUGGACGAAGAAGGAAAGCUGUCACGCUCCACAACCGACAGCGAGAUGCGGAAGGCUCUGAACUCCAUCUCCCAUGGGGUAAGUAACAAUGAGGCGCUCUAUGCCUACUAUGGCCUCACAAAACCCCGCCCUAAACCCCACUCCCAGUCCCGCCUCCUGAUCUCUCUGGAUGACGGUCCACAAGGAAGUCCCAAACAACAAUCUGCCAACCGGCAUCACGGCAGCUGGACGCACCGGAAACCUGAUCCCAACUACGCUUACUCCACCAAGCACCUUCUGUACCAACGCUCGCGCAAUGCCAAGACCCCUAUCUCCCCUCUGUCUGUCUCCCCCUCCUCCCCUGCCCGCUGUGAUGUAGCCAAAUCAAAAGGUUUUGGCAGUGGGGGAGGGGGCUGGGUGUUCCCCUCUCGCAGGCUGCGUGGUCGAACGGCAGUCAGUGAGCUGAACAUCACCUAUGUGGUGGAGCGGAGCCUGUACGGUCACCUCAACUGGGCCCAGCUGGUCCGCCCCGUUACCCUCAGCCGCGCCGAGCGCCGCUGUCUAUUGGAGGAGGACCGAGAAGGGGACAGGAAGUGGGCGGCCAGUGUUGACCGCUGCACCAAGCGAGUGCUCUUGCGCAUCCAGCAGAAGUCUAGAACGUGCAGCUUCGGGGGCUUUGACCUGUCUAACCGUUCUCUCCAUGUGCUCAACGUGGGCUCAGAGGCCAAUCAUAAAGAUCAGGAGGCCAUAUACAGAGAAGUGGUCAAAUCCCCCACCACCUCUCGGAUCUCACUGGGCAAGAAGGUCAAGUCGGUCAAGGAGACGAUGAGGAAACGCAUGUCGAAGAAGUACAGCAGCUCCUUUUCUGAGCAGUCCAGUCCCGAUGGAGCCCCUGGCUCCCCUCAGUCCCCUCAGCCUGACACCGACUCUCUGGAGAAGCCGAAGCUCAAGGCCGGAGGAUCGGUGGAAAGUCUGCGAAGUUCACUCAGCGGACAGAGUUCAAUGAGUGGUCAGACUGUGAGCACCACUGACUCGUCAGCCAGUAACAGAGAAAGCGUGAAGUCCGAGGAUGGUGAUGACGAAGAGCCGCCUUACAGAGGGCCGUUCUGUGGCCGCGCCCGGGUCCAUACAGACUUCACCCCCAGCCCGUACGACUCAGACUCCCUCAAACUGAAGCGCGGUGAUGUGAUUGACGUCAUCAGUAAGCCACCCAUGGGAACGUGGAUGGGUCUGCUGAACAACAAAGUGGGCACCUUCAAGUUCAUCUACGUGGAUGUGCUGGUUGAAGAAGAGGAGAAACCCAAGAGGCCUGUAAGGAGAAGGAGGAAGGGCCGACCCCCCAAGCCCUCAUCAGUGGAGGACUUGCUGGAGCGCAUCAACCUCAAGGAGCACAUGCCCACUUUCCUAUUCAACGGCUACGAGGAUCUGGACACGUUCAAGUUGCUGGAAGAGGAGGACCUGGAUGAGCUGAACAUCAAAGAUCCUCAACACAGAGCCGUGCUGCUCACCGCCGUAGAGCUGCUACAGGAGUAUGACAGCAGCAGUGAUCCAGAGCGCAGCGGCCUGUCGGGCUCCCAGGAGAAGCUGCUGUGUGAGGGCCGGGGGCUGGUGGGAGACUCCCCGCGAGACUCCGGCUGCUACGAGAGCAAUGAGAACCUGGAGAAUGGUAAGAGCAGGAAGGCAUCCCGUUCCAGUCGUUCCUCAGCCGGCCUCCAUUCUCCCGACUACCCCACCCUGCCCAUGACCCUCUCAACAGAAGCUCUGCAGCAGAACAACAAGAACCAGCGCAAGGUCCCAAAAAGCUUUUUCAUCAAACCCUCCCUGAAGGGCUUCAACCUGCUGGGGCUGCGCAAAGCCCAAAGACGGUCCCCCAUCCCGGCCAGCCGCAGCUGUGAGGACCUGGACGGACCCCUGCAGACCACCGCCCCCUGGAAGCGCUCCCACUCUCUGGGGGAUAUGCACUUGGACCAGAGCUUUGAGCAGAAGGAUCUGAGUGUGGAGCUUAACAGUGCCAAGAAAGAACCUAAAUCAGGCAGCAGUAGCCCCAUCAAGGCCUGCAGAGAUGAGGGUUCCCCAGCUCAGAGCAGGACCCCAACAGUGAGCCCAAAAGGAAGACCCCCCCUGCCCUCCCAGCUGCCUCUUCGUCCCCCUCCCCAUACCCGCAGUCCUCCAGAGCUCCUCUCAAGUCCCACUUCAAGUCCGCCUGAGUCAAGUGGGGAGAGGGUGAUCCGGACUCACGCCAAGAAGCCUCCAGUCCCUCCCCCCGUUCCUGCUAAGAAGUCGAGGGAAAGACUGGUCAACGGCCUGCGUCACCCCCCUCUCUCCCUGCCCUCUUCACCAUCACCCACUCCCUCCCCGACCCACUCCCUCAACCGCUCUUACCCCAGCAGCCCUGUAAUCCGCAGCAGCAGCCCGAGCUUCGGGGCCCCUGCUCUGCCUGCCAAGAGCCCCAGCACCCCCGCCAGCCCCUGUGCCACCUCCUCCUCCUCCUCCUCCAUGGGCGAGGACUCAGGCACUCCCCCAGCUGUGCAGCCCCCGUGGUUCUCAGAUCUGGGGGGCAAGGUGGCUGUUGCGAGGAAGGUCUCCCAUGCCAAGAUGGGCCCUGACCUGCUGACCCUCCUGGAACAACGGCUGGAGGCCGAGGGCAUCGAUCUCACUGAGGAGCCCUACUCUGACAAGCAUGGCCGCUGUGGCAUCCCCAAGCCGCUGGUGCAGCGUUACUCCGAGGACUUGGCGCAGCCUGUGAAGGACGUGGCCUCCACCCUGGACCAGCUCCGAGUCAAAGAGCUCCGUAAACAACAACGCAUGGCCAUCCCUUCUGGAGGUUUGACAGAAAUGUGCCGGAAGCCUCUGCCCUCAGCUAACAUCAGCACAGUUUCUGAUUGGCUCACCUCCAUCGGCCUCCCCAUGUACGCCACACCUCUGGCGGCGGCGGGAAUCGACACGCUGAGGGGCGUGGCCUUGUUAACAGAGAGCGGUGUGUGGGAUGCGGGGGUGCGAGAUGAGAGACACGCCCGCCGCCUGGUCAGUGAGGCCCGAUUGGUCGGCUCCCACAGAGAGGGGCAGUCCUAACAUGCUUGGAUAAAAUAACAGGUAUCAACUCACUGGUCAGCAUCUAUUUUUUUUUUUUUUUAAACAUGGUCAGUAUGCGGCCAAAGACAAAUCGGCCACAGGACUCGCAGAUCGAACGAGUGACCACAGCAUUGCAGUACUUCCUGUCUCGCAUGUGUCAAAGACUGAAAGUGAGCCUCCCUGCUCUCUGAUUCUCCUCAUCACUCUUUUUCUCAAAUGUUUACGGCACUGAGGAGAUCCUCCUGCAGCCAAGUCAAGAUAUCAGAUGCCUUUUUAAAAGAAGACUGUAGACUCACUCUGUGGGAUGGCUUCCUUUCUGAAGACACCCCCAAAGUCUUAAAAUAAAGACUUGGAUCCGCCUUGAAGGAAGAAAGCACACUCUUUUGUAGGAUGGAUGUUUUUUAAAUACAGAAAGACGUUUUACUUCCUGCAUAUUUCAAAAGUGCUUCGUUUUCAUCUUUUGUGGCGAGGCAACGUUAUAUGACUGUCUUUUAAGGAAGUAGCUUGGCCAAAGUGAUUUACUCCUCAUUCAGCGUUUCAUUCGCACUAAUGGAUUCACAAUGACAAAAUUCACUUAAUAUCUGGACUUUUAUCAACUAAAUACAUACACCAAACUAUGAUGAACGGUGGUUUUGAGAUGGCUUAUUUUGAAUCAUGUUUCUGUAUUAUAGCAUAACGCAUAUCUUCAUUUUAAAAUGAUUUAUAUGUUAAACAUUUUGUUUGCCUUUUGAAUGUUGCAGCCUUAUUUUGAGGCCCGCUCUCAGUCAUUCCUAAGCUGAAACCGCUGACAUCACAGCUUUAUAUUUCAUAUUUUAUUAAAAGUCCUAUCUCACUGCAUAUCUUGGAUGCACAGCCUGCGCCCGUUUGAAUAUAAGUCUUCGAGAAAGCUCCAGUAAUCACAAUCAGCUUUCACAGAAACAAAACAUUCCCUGUGUAUCCAAGAACGUUUUAAGUUGCCUUACCAUUAUGAAUGAAAAGUUUCAUUAACCCUGUAUAGUAUGGACUAUACCACCAGGCUGAACUGCUUAAAGUUCAAGCCUGUUUGCUCUGAAUGUGUCACACUCAACCAGAUCACUUCAGCCACACAUAUGGAUGUGGAGCACAACACAUGCCUCUGAUGGAUUGUGGUUUCAAAGAUCACAUGACAAUUAAACGACUAAACCCCAGACACGACACACACGUCGUCCCAUGCUAAACACACAGUUGGUGUGCAUGCUCCAUGCAGAGGGUUGUGGGAGAAAAUAGAAAUGUUCCAAAGAGACGGCUGACAUCUCGGCUGUCAUAUCUGGAAUUUAUUGGACUGUCUACUCUUUGGUUAAAGUGUUUGAUUUAUAGCUUGAUAAUAAGCUGUUUGGGACUUUAUUAUACUGUAGCUAUAGCAAACACAUUGAGGAUAGAUGUAGUUCUAUCAGGUGAAAAUCUGACCUCUAAGGCCAGCAUACACCAUUUCGCUAAAUAGUUUUGUAAAUCAGGGAAACAGUGUCAGGAUAGCCUGUUACCUAAAGUUUGGGCUAAAAACAGAAAACAAAAACAACCGGAUGUGUAUCACUCUUCCAUUUCACACUGCAUAAAAUGGAGCUAACGUGUGUGUUAUUUCUAUUAUUUCUAACAGCAGAGUUCUUUCAUACUAAGAACUGACCUGAAGACUUCAUAUUUAAAAUUUGACCAAGUGGUAUUGCUAAAAUUAGAGGAUGUUUUUUUUGCAGUGGGCACUUGAUAGGUAGAUGUUUGAUGCCUUUUAUUUCUUCAAUCAAAAGUGGUGCUCUGAAAAAGCGUGAUUGGGGCUCAUUUUUUUAAAAGUAAGAGACUCAAGAAGUGUUUUGUAAAGAAUGAAAAUACUGACACUGUAAAUGCACUUUAGAGGGUAAAUCUAGCUGUUUGUAGGCAGAAUUGGCUACAUUUUGUUCACAGGUCCAUUAAUGGACAAUUGUUGUCAGGUAUUUCAAAGGGUUUCAGUAGGAUAUGCUGGUAUUUUAUUUUAGUUUUGAGUUCCCAAUGCCAAGUUUGCUAACAUCCACGGGUUAACCAGUUCCAGUUACUCACUUCCAGUUUAUUUUGCAGUCUUGUAAAAAUAAAUGAUUAAUUACAUAUAUGAAAUGCUUAGCAAAACCUGCACAUUCUGUAUAUGUAAUUGAUAUUUAUAUAACUUAUUUUUGCCUUUUUUUUUCAUAUUGACUGUAAUUAGCUGUACUAUAUGAAUAGCAAUACCUUCCUGCAAAAUGCAUAUUGCUUUAGCCAGUGAGGAACUACAGUAUGUAUUGUAAAAUAUGUGUACAAAUUAUUUUAUUUGGUUUUCAUCUACCUAAUGAUUGUCCAUACAGAUUUGCUUGUGUAUUGAAACAACAAAAGUAAUGUCCAUAACUAUUUGUCAUUCUGAAAUAUAAUAAAAAACUGUUUCUUGCCAUA